AUGCUCUCACAAGGAUUGCAAGCGACAAACUACAAACAAAAGAAGACGAAAGAAUCAACCAAAAAACACGAAUACUAUUACCAAGAACCUAAGAAGUGUUAA